UGCAUUUGGCUACUUGCGAAUUUCUUCCACAAGGGUGCAAUCAUGUGCCCCACUCUUUGGCACCUUUUUAUGCCUUCAUAUAUUGGCACUGCAACAAAUUAUUCAAUGAUUUCAAGUUCUAAAUCGGAAAGGAAAAAACAAACGAAAAACAAUUUGAAGUUGGAAGGAAAUUCUCUGUUUUCGGUGCUCAUGGUCAUGGAGAGAAGUUGUUUCCUCUUGUCAAUCACCUUCUUGCUGGUGCUGCAGCUGCAGUACAAUUCUAUAGGCACAGUUGGUGCAGCACAAACCAACAUCACCACGGACAAGUCUGCUCUUCUUGCUCUGAAAGCCCAUGUCACUAGUGACCCUCACAACAUCUUGGUCAAUUGGUCAACGACCACCUCCGUUUGCAAUUGGGCUGGCGUUGUUUGUGGUGCUCGUCACCUCAGAGUAGCAUCAUUGAAUCUCUCGUACAUGGGACUCACCGGCGUCAUUCCUCCACUCCUCGGCAACCUCUCAUUUCUUGUUGAGCUGGAUUUAAGAAACAACAGUUUUCAUGACACCUUGCCCAAGGAAUUGUCUUAUUUGCAUCGGCUAAAGUCGAUUGACUUUGGAUACAACAAUUUUAUGGGAUUCAUUCCAUCGUGGUUUGGGUCCUUCCCCAAACUUCAAGGAUUGGGAUUGUAUGGAAAUCUGUUUUCAGGUUCUCUACCGACGAUUAUCUUCAACUUGUCUGCAUUGCAAUUCAUAAAUCUAAGCUAUAACAAACUAUCAGGUGCAAUACCUAGAGAAAUAGGGAACUUAACAAUGUUGAAGGAGAUAUACCUUGACUCCAACAAUUUCAAUGAAAUUCCAAAAGAGAUUGGCUUUUUAGAUCACGUGGAAGAGUUGUAUGUGUCGUACAAUGCCCUAAAAGGCCCUGUUCCUGUGGUUGUUUUCAACAUGUCUUCUUUGACUACGUUGACUCUAUAUGGAAACAGCUUGAGUGGUGGUCUUCCAGACAAUAUAUGUCAACAUCUUCCUAGUCUUCAAAACUUGUACUUGGGUCGCAACCAGUUUGAUGGUCCACUUCCAUCCAAAUUAUGGCAAUGCAGAGAGCUUCUUAUACUAUAUUUGAGUGAAAACAAUUUCAGUGGAAGCAUACCAAAGAAUAUUGGGAACUUAACAAUGAUGAAGGAGAUAUCCCUUAGCUUCAACAAUUUGACGGGCACUAUUCCAUGGUCAAUAUUCAAUAUAUCCACCCUCAUAGAACUGUCGCUUAGUCUGAAUCAGCUAUCGGGUAGCCUCCCAGCAAACUUUGGUCUUGGGCUUCCAAACCUACAAGGCCUUUAUAUAGCAGCAAAUGACCUCAGCGGAGUAAUCCCAAACCUCUCCAAUGCUUCUAUGCUCACACGGCUUGAAUUGUCGCAAAACUCAUUUACAGGGUUUAUUCCUAGCACGCUAUGUGCCUUAACAAACCUUCAGUCGCUUACGUUACAAACAAAUAAUUUGACGAUUGAUACUUCCACUCUCUCUUGUUUGGCUAAUCUUAGAAAUUUGACAGUAUUAGCCUUGGCAGCUAAUCCGUUAAAUGCCAGACUUGAUGAUUCCUUUCGGAAUUUCUCUACAUCGUCGCUUCAAUAUAUUUAUUUAAAAAAUUGCAGCAUGAGGGGUAACAUUCCCAUUGGUAUUGGCAACAUUAGCAGCUUGGUAACCUUAUCCCUGGGAUACAAUCAAUUGAGUGGAUCAAUUCCAACUUCACUGGGAAGACUUGGGAAUCUCCAAGGUUUGUAUUUGCAGGGUAACAAGUUGCAAGGAUACAUCCCAUAUGAACUUUGUCAACUAGAUAAUCUAGUUCAAUUAGUUUUGGGCAGUAAUCAGCUCUAUGGUUCUAUACCUUCUUGCUUGGGAAAUCUAACCGCACCUCUAAGAUAUCUAUCAUUGGCGUCCAAUUCGUUGAGUUCCACAAUACCAUCUAAUUUUUGGAGACUUGCCUAUAUCUUGUCUGUAGACUUAUCAUCCAAUUAUCUAAUUGGACAUCUCUCACAAGAUAUUGGAAACUUGAAAGUUGUGACAAAGGUAGAUUUAUCAAAUAACAAUCUAUCUGGUAUCCUACCAAGCACUAUUGGGGGUCUUUGGGAUUUGGUUAAUCUAUCCUUGGCAAAUAAUAAUUUGGAAGGCCCUAUUCCAAGUUCAUUUGACAGGUUGCUAAGCCUGCAACUCUUGGAUUUGUCCAGAAACAAUCUGUCUGGAAUGAUUCCCAAGUCUUUAGAAGCUCUGUCACUUCUCAAGUAUAUGGAUUUGUCUUUCAACAGGCUCCAAGGAGAAAUUCCAACUGGUGGACCGUUCCAAAACUUCUCCGCUCAAUCAUUUGUCUCGAACAAAGCACUCUGUGGUGCAGCCCGACUUCAGGUUCCACCAUGCAAAAAUGGUACAGUUGAACCAAAUUGGAGGAAAGCUAAAUAUAUCAUCCCAGGGAUCAUAUCAAUAAUUCUCUUUGUGGCCUCUGUAUCUAUCUUUGUACUAUGCAGGAAAAGGAAAGUGGAAGUUGCAGGAGAGGCUACCUCGUUGCCUCAACUUCUUUGGAGAAGAGUUUCACAUCUAGAACUUCUAAGGGGCACAAAUGGAUUUAAUGAAAACAACCUACUUGGAAGUGGGGGUUUUGGUUCAGUAUAUAAAGGGACACUUUCAGAUGGAAUAGAUGUUGCAGUAAAGGUUUUCAGUUUACAGCUAGAAGGGGCUUUCAAGAGUUUUGAUAGGGAAUGUGAAAUGCUAAGCAAUAUUCGUCAUCGAAACCUUAUCAAAAUCAUCAGCUGUUGCAGUGAAAUUGAUUUCAAAGCCUUGGUACUCAAAUACAUGCCUAAUGGGAGCCUCGAGAAGUGGUUGUACUCUCAAAAUUCUUUGAAUAUCUUACAGAGGUUGAACAUAAUGAUAGAUGCUGCAUCUGCACUGGAAUACCUACACCAUGGUUAUUCAAUACCUAUUGUGCACUGUGAUAUGAAGCCAAGCAAUAUACUACUGGAUGAUGAUAUGGUUGCACAUGUUGCUGAUUUUGGAAUUGCAAAACUCUCGGGUGGAGGAGAUUCUAUUACCCAAACCAUGACUCUAGCCACUGUUGGGUAUAUGGCUCCAGAGUAUGCAUUGGAAGGAAUGGUUUCAACAAGAGGGGAUGUGUACAGUUUCGGAAUUUUAGUGAUGGAAACAUUCCCAAGAAGGAAGCCAACAGAUGAGAUGUUUGAUGGGGAAAUGAAUAUAAAGCAAUGGAUUGCAAACUCACUAGUAUUACCAGAUGCAAAGAUAGAUGAAGUUGUGGAUGCCAAUUUGCUUGGGAUUAUGACACAGCAAGAAGACGAUGAUCAUGUGAAGAAGAUGGACUGCAUAUCAGCCAUUAUGAGAUUAGCUCUUACUUGCUGUGCGGAAUCACCAGAAGAGAGGAUAAGUAUGAAAGAAGCUGUAGCCAUACUCAACAAAAUCAAGACAGUUUUUGAAGGACACUGCUACAAGAAGAGGUGUGCUGUUAAACCGUCCUCUUAUUCAGCAGCACUUCAAUUAAUGGGUCCUAUCUUAUAACUUGUAUUUCAUGCACUUUGAUUUGAUUCAAUUUCAGUCUUUAAUUUAGACAAUGUAAAGGAAGGCAUGCCGUUUUAUUUCGGACUGAUUAUAUGACGGAGUGUGUAGACUUAUAAUACACUAGUCUUGGUAGUUGUAUUAUGGUAUCAGUGUA